AUGGCGCCCGAUCGGACUGGGAAGAGUGUAUUCCUGGGGAAUAUCCCCUACAACCUCACUGAGGAACAAGUCAAAGACAUCCUCAGCACAGCUGGUACCGUUACCAAGUUCCGAUUGAUGAUGAACCCGGAGACCGGCAAGCCCAAGGGUUAUGGAUUUGCAGAUUUUGCGGACGCGGAUGCCGCUGCCUCGGCGGUGCGCAACCUGAACGAUCACGAAGUCAUGGGCCGCAAGAUCCGUGUUGAUUGGCCUCACAACAACGAGAAGGAUUCUAUACCCCCAGAUUACUCGCAGCAGCUCAGCGCCGCUGCCCCUCUCCCUCCAGGCGUGGAACUCCCGCCUCAAAUUGACUGCCCCAACGCCAUCUCCCACACACUCGCCUCUCUCCCACCAAAUCAAUUGCUCGAUGUUCUGACGCAAAUGAAAGCUCUCGCGGUUGCCGACCCCGCGCGUGCCACUGAGCUGCUGCGCCAAGCGCCUCAGCUCGCCUACGCCGUCUUCCAGGCUCUGCUCCUUAUGAAUCUUGUCGAAUACCAGCUGCUUGGUUCCAUCGUCGAACAGGCCGCCCAGCCUCCUCAAGUCCCUCAACAGCAAACCCCCCAACAAUUCCAACAGUACGGUGUUCCUGGUCAAAUUUCGACACCGCCUGUCACCGGCACUCCUUUUGCCCCUCCCCCGGCUCAACCUGCCGCCCCAAUGCACGGCCAGGAAGAGCUCCUUCAGCAAGUCCUCAGCAUGCCCCAGGCUGCUAUUGAUGCUUUGCCUCCCAUGGAAAGAAGCCAAAUUAUGCUAUUACGCCAGCAAUUGAUGCAAAGUGGCAUGCGGUAG